AUGAACACCCUUAUUGUCUUCGCUGCUGUGAUCGCGUGCGCCUACGCCGGCGGAUAUGGCGGCUUCGGCUACGGUGGCCUCGGCCUCGUCGGCGGCUACGGCCACGGCUACGGCCACGGCCACGCCCACGCUGUGGCUGUCCCCGUUAAGACCGUCUCCUACGUGAAGAGGCCCGUCGUCAACGUGGGCUACGUCACCCGCCCCGUCGUGAGCUACGUCAAGCAGCCCGUGGCCACCGUCUCCCACACCGUCCAGCCCGUUGUCUCCGUCAGCCACGCCGUCGUUGGUGUUGGCCACGGUGGAUACGGUGGCGGAUACGGCGGUGCCCUCGUCGGAGGCUACGGUGGCGGACUCCUCGCCGGCGGUCUCGUCGGAGGCUAUGGCGGACACGGUUACGGCUUCGGAGGCUACGGUCUCAAGGGCUUCCACUAA